AUGGCUUCCAAAAAACGAAUGCUGUUAUUGAUUGCAUUCCUUUCAUCGCUGCUAGUGGCUAAGCACUAUUUCAGGAAUAAGCCAACAGACGAGCUCAAGCUCUCAGACUGGUUUAAGCCUAGGAGUCGCUCGGACGUCAUCACCACCACGGGCUGGCUGGCCCCGGUUCUGUGGGAAGGCUUGUUCCACAGGCAGCCGCUGGAGAAGUUCUACAGGAGGCGGAACGUCACGGUGGGCUUGGCUGUCUUUACCGUCGGAAGGUUUGCAGAAAACGAGCUGGAUCUGUUCCUGCAGUCGGCGGACAGGUUCUUCAUGCCCAGCCACAGAGUGAUCUUCUACAUCAUGGCCGCCACCUACCCCUACCUGCCGCCCAUGGCGUACAACCCUCUGCGGUCCGUCCAGGUCCUCUUGCUGGACGAGGAGCUCUGGUGGUACGACUUGGACCUGGUGCGCAUGAAGUCCUUGGCCAAGCACAUCCUGUCGCACAUCCGCGACGAGGUGGAUUUUCUCUUCAGCAUGACCGCGGACCUGGUCUUUGAGACGGAGUUUGGGGUGGAGACGCUGGCCACCUCCGUGGCUCAGCUCCAUGCCUGGUGGUAUUUUAGAAACACCCAGAACUUCCCCUACGAGAGGAGGCUGCAGUCCGCGGCCUACAUCCCCUUCGGGCAGGGGGAUUUCUUCUACGGCGGCUCCAUUGUGGGCGGCACACCUGACAACGUUCUGUCCCUCGUUGAGGAGUACCUAGCAGGCCUCGUGCAGGACAUACAGAAGAGAGUGAACAGCACCUACGAGAAGUACCUCAACAAGUUCUUCUUCCUCCACAAGCCCGCCAAGCUGCUGUCACCCGAGUAUGGCUGGAACCCCAAGUUCCAGCUCCCCCCUCAGAUGAGGCUGGUGAGGGUCUCACACCACCCCAGAGCCCACUAUUGA